UUCUACUGGCUGGCAAAAGAAGAGGCGAGACGCGCACGCAGGGGAGCCGAGGAGCCGCGCCUUCUCCUGCGCGAAGAGGAGAGAGAGGAGGAGACGGGUUCCGGCUGAGAAAUAGAGAGCGAGAGAGAGAGAGAGAGAGCACGAUGUCCGGCGCCUUCGCCGAUUCGUUCGGUACGGGCACGGACUCGCCCACCCGGCCCCCCGCCUCCACGACUCACCCCUUCGACGACGACGACAGCUAUUUGGGCUACGACCCUCGCCUCCCCUCCCAGCGCUUCGACGCCUUCUCCCCCGACGACGACGCCGAAGACUCCCUCCUCAAGGACGACGCCGUCCCUCCGAUCUUCGCUCCCCCAUCCCCCUACGCGGACGACGGAUCCUUCCCGCCCCCCUCCGCCAUCCCGGAGACCCCGUCCCCGCCGCCGAUCUACGCCGCCGCCGAUCCUCAGGGAUUCUCCCCGCUCUCGCUGGAGAUUAACGGAAGGGCUUUCGGUGGGGCCUUCUCUGCCCCCGAUGGGCCGAUCCUGCCUCCGCCGGCGGAGAUGGGGCCCGAAGAGGGCUCUAUACUCCGAGAAUGGAGACGGCAAAAUGCUUUACAAAUUCAAGAAAAGGAAAGGAGGGAGAAAGAGUCGGUCAACCAGAUCAGGGAGGAAGCUGAAGAUUACAAAGCUGAUUUCCUGAGGGGGAGAAAACUUAACUGUGAAACUAAUAAAGCCAAUAACAGGGAGAAGGAGAAGCUCUUUGUGGCCAAUCAAGCAAAAUUUCAUGCUGAGGCGGACAAGAAUUACUGGAAGACAAUUGCAGAGCUUAUUCCACGUGAGGUGCCAGCACUAGAGAAGAAAAAAGGAAAGAAAGAGGAGAAGAAACCAUCAGUUCUUGUAAUCCAGGGCCCAAAACCUGGGAAGCCUACCGAUCUUUCAAGAAUGCGCCAGAUACUGCUGAAGCUUAAGCACUCCCCACCUCCACACAUGAAACCUGUCCCUGCAGCAGCACCUACUAUGCCUUCUAAUGAUGCUAAAACAGCUGUGGCCCCUUUGGCCACUCCUAAGGCUGCUGCUGUUGCUGCUCCUAUUGAGGCUGUAGCUGUUGCUUGAGUCUGCUCAUGAUUGCUUGGUAUGUCUUGGUGUACUUAGUAGAAAACCUUCUAAAUUGCAGCCAUGCUUGUUGGUUGUCCUCCCUUGACCAUCCUAGGUAAUACUGUUCUGUGCCAUAGUUCGUCAAGUAGUCUUUAUGUGGAAAAGGAUUGCUCGUGUUGUAGUAUGCUAUUUUAAUAUCUAUAUAAAGCUUGGUCUGGUCUGGUUUUUGAUA